GCGGCCACAGACUGUGAGAGAGUGCAUCGAAAAGAAGAAGAGGAGAAAGUAGCAGUUGGCUCGUUUACCUACUCGCUUACUGGUUAAGUCUCGAGAGCUGUUGACUCGGAAUAGGAUAAUAAUUUUUGUAUCGUGUUGUAAAUUGUGUGAAAGCCUCGCUGGCUAUUCAAGUUGGAGUUUUUCGGUGGACGAUUCCGAAGUUGAAGGAGCCUGGGUUCGAGCCUCAGCUGUUCGCUCGUCCCUUCACGCUGACGUGAGCUCGCAGCAGAAUCUCUCACCGAAGAGCGAAAAAGAUUUGUUGUUGCACCCGAGAGGAGCUCUGGCUCAAAGUUGCUCCGAUUUUUCCGACCUCCAACGGUACAGGAAUAUGGCAGACGGCAGUCUGGUGAAGAGACCCACGAAGGGAAUUCUCAAGGCCAGCGGAAGCUUCGAGUACCACGAUCAACGCCGACAGAGUACUCAAGACAUCAAAUGGGAUGAACAGAAUAUCCUCGCCACAUACCACCCUCCGGAUAAAGACUACGGUCACAUGAAAAUCGAAGAGCCGAAAACACCGUAUUCGUAUGACGGAGUUGACGGUGUCGAUGGGGAGGAGAUCGUUCCCCGUACCGAAGCUAUUGAUCCAGAGGAACUCGCCGAAAAACUCGAUUCCGAGCGGCCGCGGUCCCCAAUCGAUCGGGAUACGCCUGAUGAGCUUCUUACCGAAGAAGAACGAGUUCGGAGAAAAUCUUUCGAAGAGAAACGUCGCAAGCACUACAAUGAGUUCGACGCCGUCCGGAGAAUGCGGGAACAGAGGAAAAAUGUGACGGCAGAAGACGAUGAAGAUUCUGAGAUGGAUGAAUGAAUCGAAUUAAAAAUUUGAGUACAUUGAAUCAUUCGUGAGAACGCAUCUCCAAGUCGGAGUUGCAGUUGGAUGGGCCCGAGGGUGGAUCCCCAUUGUUAUUUACGGAGAUUCGUUGAUCCUGUGAGGAAAAAGCCAAUAC